GUGUGGUCGAAUUACGACGUCGACGCGGCUAUGAGACGCGAACGUAAGCGGCAACGAGAUUUCGAAACCGUUGGAAGCUCGACUGGAUGGAGUGAGUUAGAAAGAGAAGGAAAAUGUCGCACAGUGUCGACAUCCGUUUUGAUUCGGUGUGACUUCUACGCCACGCCUUGCGAGCAACUAGCGAGAAAUCUACUCGGAAAGAAGCUGGUAAGACGACUGGAAGGCGGACAGCGAUUGGCUGGGAAAAUCGUAGAAGUGGAAGCAUAUCUUGGUGGGGACGACAAAGGAUCUCACUCAUAUCAAGGAAAAUGUACUGAACGGAAUAAAUCGAUGUUUAUGUCUCCUGGCACUGCAUAUGUUUACAAGAUAUAUGGCAUUCAUCACUGCCUUAAUAUAUCUAGCAAAGGGGAUGGUGCAGCUGUGCUUAUUCGUGCUGUUGAACCGUUAGAAGGACUGGAAAUCAUGAGGCAACAGAGAGGCUUGAAACGGAAAGAUGGAGGUGCAGGAAUCAAAGAUUGGCAAUUAUGUACUGGGCCAGCAAACCUGUGCCAGGCGAUGAACAUUAGCAAGGAUAUGAUUGACGGAACAACUUUGACAAACAGCGCAAACUCAUCUGGGCUCUGGUUAGAGACGAGUGACAUGAAUGUCAUUGCAGAUGACUGGAUUGUAUCGACUUCGAGAAUAGGUAUAGACUAUGCAGGACCAGAAUGGGCUUCUAAACCAUUACGAUUUUACUUGAUGAUGUCAAGGAGUGUCAGUGUAAGAGAUAAAGCAGUAGAGGCAGCUGUUACUAGACAAGUCAGAUGUUAAUAAUAGAGAUAACAUUUUGUGUUCAAAUAGACUAUCAUGAAGAUCAAAUUAAAAUAGGGUUAAAACUG